AGGUGCCAACGAUGGCUGUAGAGAAAGUCUUUGUGUACAACAACACAUCCAUUGUGCAGGAUGAAAUUCUGGCUCAUCGCUUGGGCCUUAUCCCUAUCCGAGCAGAUCCACGGCUCUUCGAAUAUAGAAACCAAGGAGAUGAAGAAGGCACAGAAAUUGAUACUCUGCAGUUCCAGCUGAAAAUAAAAUGUAGCCGAAACCCUCAGGCAGCCAAGGAAUCAUCUGAUCCUAAUGAAUUAUAUUUCAAUCACAAAGUGUACAGUAAACAUAUGACGUGGGUGCCCUUGGGGAAUCAGACAGACCUCUUUCCAGAUGCUGACUUCCGACCUGUUCAUGAUGACAUCCUCAUUGCACUGUUGCGGCCUGGCCAGGAAAUAGAUGUGCUUAUGCACUGCGUCAAGGGUAUAGGUAAAGAUCAUGCCAAGUUUUCUCCUGUGGCCACAGCUAGUUAUCGACUGCUUCCUGACAUUACUCUCCUGCAGCCUAUUGAGGAUGAGGCAGCUGAGAUGUUGCAGAAGUGCUUUUCCCCUGGAGUCAUUGAGAUCCAGAAUAUCAAGGGAAAAAAGGUGGCAAGAGUAGCCAAUGCACGGCUGGACACGUUCAGCAGAGAAGUUUUCCGUCAUGAGAGUCUGAAAAACCUUGUACGCCUGGCAAGAGUACGGAAUCAUUACAUCUUUUCAGUGGAGUCAACGGGUAUCUUGCCUCCAGAUGUGCUGGUGAGUGAAGCCAUCAAGAUCCUGAUUGGAAAGUGUCAGCGCUUCCUGAAUGAGCUGGACUCAGUGCCUAUGGAGUGAGCAGGCUGGGAAGCAUAUCCCUGCACCGUUUUUGGCUUCUUGCACCUGCCUGCAGGAGUGAUUCCUCUUGCAUCGGCAAGAGGUUUGAGAUGGGCUUGUUAGGAGUCCUAGGACCACCUCUUUGAAUUUGCUUUCUGUUAGUAAUGAGCCUCAGUGAGGAGAUGCACUAAAAUAAAGGCUUUUCUUUA